AUGGCAGCAUCUUGCAAUGGAGGGAACAACCAGAAAUGGUACAGGACUAGCAAUGGUGAACUGAGAACGGAAUACAGUGGUUACUGCUUGGAUGUAUGGUUCGGUGGAGGCAACAAUUUGAUUAUGCAUGGUUGUCACAAUGGGAGGAACCAAAAGUUUUCUGUUCCAUCGAGUGUGGGGAUAACAGUCAAAUCCCCUCCAGAAUACUCUGUGAUUACACGUUUCACUGACAGCAGUCUUUGUGUCGAGAUUGCAAGCGACGGCAAUGCCUACAUGAAUACUUGUGAUUAUGGAUGGAGACAACUAUUCAAGUACAACUCUGGGACCCAAGAAAUCCAACUAUGGAAUGCAGGCAGCGGUCAAGAUUGUUUGGACUAUAACACUGGCACUAAUAAUGUUGCCACAGCC